UCUUGCGGGCAACAUCGAGGCGAGCGACUCUCGAAGAAACCGAAGCCCAAACCGAAAUCGAACCGGCAACGGCGGCGGAGAUUGCCACGCGAAAAGAAAAAAAUUGGUGCUAAGACCCUGCUAAAACAAGAGAAAAACCCGCAAAACUGCAGCAGCAACCUCAAAAAGCAAGGGAAAAACUAAUAGAAAAGUGCACAAAUUACGCAUAAAAAAAGAUACCAAAAGUUCCUACUCAAGUGCCGGCCACUUAACACCGUCCAUAUAGUGCUUACCGCUCGUUAAGAUGCUCACCAGACAGCCCGACUACACCAUCUCCGAGCUAGGCUACCCAGUCGUACCCACCACAUGCGAAUCCCUCAAAAAGCUGGAGCACAGAACUCUGCCAAAUUCCCCGCCCUCGCCUCAUCGCCUGCUGCCGCUGAGGGAAACCCUCGACGAUUGCUUCAAACGCCUGAUGAUGAGGAGCAGAGAUGACUUGGAGGAGGACACCGCUUACCAGCAGAAACUGCGGAAAAAUCAGUGGAACGAACAGCAGCAAAGGCGCAGUAAUCAAAAAUGUCGAGAUAAAGGCGAGUCCAGAGCAACAACGACGACGACGACGUCGACGAUAGCGUCAACCUGCGAUCUGAACAAUUUUUGAGAUUGGAGGAAGAAUGCCUGGGAGCAACCUUACAAACCCAAAGCGGACUGAUUAAAUGUGCUAAAGUAAAACACCUUGUGCCUAUAACAUUAAGUUUAUUAAAAUUUUAAGUGAAUAAGAAGAAACCUAUAA